AAGCUCUCGGCCACCCCCCUUUCAUCCCCACAAUGAUCUGGCCCGCCACCUAAAACCCUGUGAUUCUCUCCCAUUUGGUGCUGGCCGUCUGUCUGUUCGUGAAAAAGCCUCAAUUUGUGUCCAUGCGAGAUCAUGUUCAAGAAUAGAGUCAGUUCUAUAUCCACACAAAUCCACAAAUAGGGUAGAGCGAACUACUUCUCUUGAAUCAUCGAUUAGGCAACUUCACUCUUCGGAUUCGCCAGGGCUUGGACAAUUUAAACAACUGAGAGUUGAACGAGAGGUAGCACAGAGCCUCCUCCUCAACCCCAGAUCCUGAUAUUUGCGGCCGCCGUUAUGGAGAAACAGAUUCUCUGCGUUCGGUGACAUCUCAAAGGAGCAGAUCGCUCCUUCCCUUGAAGACCAAGACCGAAAAAAGGUCAAACCAAAAAAUGAAACUUCAAUUCCUCUUUGCCUCACUGACGGCGCUGGUUGCUGCUGUCGACCCUGAGGUUGGUCUCGGCUACGCCACAUACAGAGGCGUACCUUUGUCCAACGCCAUCACCCAAUGGCUAGGUAUACGAUAUGCGGCUGCACCGUUGGGUCCUUUGAGGUUUGCUGCUCCACAAGAUCCGCCCCCUGUUGACCAAGUGCAACCCGCAGACCAGCAUGGACCGCUCUGUUUGGCAACCGGAGCUGCCCCAAACAAUCCCUCAACUUCAGAGGAUUGCCUGUUCCUGAAUGUCUAUGCCCCGUCGGCUGCGACGAAUGACUCAAAACUUCCAGUCUAUUUCUUCAUUCAGGGAGGUGGUUUCAACAGCCUGUCAAAUCCCAACUACAACGGCAGCGGUCUGAUCACCGCAGCCGAUCAUCAAAUCGUCGUUGUCACGGUCAAUUAUCGCGUGGGUCCAUACGGCUUCAUCGCCAGCAAGGAAAUCGUCGAUUCCCCAUCUGCAACCCUCAACAACGGCCUUCGAGAUCAGCGCAAAGCAUUAGAAUGGGCCCAGAAGCAUAUCUCUCGGUUCGGCGGAGAUCCCAACCAUGUGGUACUUGGUGGUGACUCUGCUGGGGCAGCAUCAAUCGCCAUUCAUCUGAGCGCCGAUGGCGGACAAGACAAAGGCCUGUUCCAUGGUGCAGCGGCUGAAUCCGUCAGUUUCGGGCCCGUCCUCACGGUAGAUCAGAGCCAAUAUCAAUACGAUAACAUGGUGGAAAGACUGGGAUGCCAUUCCACCACAUCCACCUCUUCCACCACUUUGGCAUGUCUCAGAUCCAAGACUUCCGCUGAGAUGCAGGCCCAGAACCACAACAUCCCGUAUCCCGGAUUAGCCCGCCCGCCACUUUUUAUGUGGAAUCCCGUCGUGGACGGCGAGCUAAUUCAGAACUACACAUAUUCGGCGUUCGAAGAGGGCAGAUUCAUCAAGGUGACCGUCAUUUUCGGCGACGACACCAACGGCGGAACAGUCUUUGUACCGCGGGGGACCUCGAACUGGGACGAGUCGAGCACAUUUCUUCAAGCACAGCUUCCAUUCUUGCAUCAUGAACACCUAGAGCGCAUCGCCGAACUAUACCCCAACCGAGGCCCUCAAUUCCCCAACUCAGGACCCUGGUGGCGACAGGCCAGCAACGCCUACGGCGACAUUCGAUAUAUGUGUCCCAACCUCUUCAUCUCAUCCAUGUUUGUUCGUUAUGCCGCCGGAGUGGGCAUGUGGAACUAUAGAUUCAACGUCCAGGACCCAGGUCUCGUCGCCGCCGGCCUGGGUGCGCCACAUACCAUGGAGAUCUCUGCUAUUUGGGGUCCAGAAAAUGUCCGCGGUGGCACGCCGGCUAGCUUCUGGCCAAAUCACCCCAAUGCUUGGGUCGUGCCUUGGAUUCAGGCAUAUUGGACCAGUUUCAUCCGUACUUUAAAUCCAAACGUCCACCGGUUGGGGGACUCUCCGGAGUGGAAACCUUUUGUCGAUCAAAAUGAAAAUCCUGAAGCAGCGUCCGAGUCGACUAAACACAGGUUUCUGUUCGAGUCGAGAGAAUCGACGGGCAUGGAGACUGUCGAUCAAGAUCUGGCGUCUAGAUGUGAUUAUUUCAAAAGUAUUGGUGCCAAAAUCCAGCAAUAGGACUCGUGAAUUUACCCUGGUCCUAUCUAUUCAUGAAGCAUGAAAACGCUGUUGUCGACGAAACAUUUACACGGUCCAUCAGCUAUAUCAAGAAUUUUCUUUGACUAACUCCACAAUCGCAAUGAUAGAUGUUAGAUGAAUACAUGAAUGUGCGGUUUGACCAUGAAGGCCUCCCCUAACAAGGACUGUGGUAACAAGACCCUGUCAAACCAAGACUAACAAUCACCAAAUCGCCAGGCAUCUCAGCUCCAGACUCUCUCUAGCUGGCUCAUUCUCAGUUCCCGGAAGAUCAACGCUACUAUGCAAUGUCCCUCCAGCCGCCACCGUCUCUUUAUCUCUAUCCGAGUCAAAAAGUCCCACCACCAAUACCUCCUCUGGCUCCUGUUGAGAAAUAAAAUACCAUUUCUGCCCCUCUGACCAAUGUGCCAAGUAACUUUCACUGUCGUGGGUGGAUUUAUCACCUGGAAUCCCGAGGUUAGGAUUCUUGAUCAUUACAGGAACAUAGUCGGACUCGCGAAAAGUCCGAGCAUCGCCUAAUGCUAGUGGAUCUCGCUUGACGGGUUUCAACGGCCGCCAAAUGGAAUAUAACGCCCAGCGUGGCCCUGUUUGAGAGGAAGUAUAUUCUUCUCUGAGGGACUUGCCCUGGGAAAGGAGUUGGUCUUCCGCCUUGAUGACAUCUUUAGCGAAUUCCGCCAUGCGAGGAUGAAAUUUGCGGAUAUGAGUUCUUGCACCAUUGGGAGCAUAGUCGAGGUGAACCUUGGGCGCUGGACUCACACCUCCACUGGCAGCGGAGAAGCCGAUGAAUUGAGGAAAACCCAGUUCCAAGUCUGUCUCUUCUGGUGAUGGUUCUCGUUGCUGCGAGAUGAUUUCAGCGUCCGCUUGACCAUCUUGACCAUGACCGCCAUGUGUGGCCAAAGCAUCCUUUUCAGACCAGACGGCGCUGCGGAUCAAUAGUGAUUCUGUAAUCACCGUUUUAGCACCGGUGAUCUUCUUGACCAUAUCUUCCGUCUCGGGAACAUAUAUCGAUUUCAGAAUUGCUGGAUCAUCCCAACUAGCUCGAGAGUAAGGUGCCGAGUUCAAUGUCGUGGGGUGUUUGACUGCCGUGAACCCGUGGGUUGAAAGCUUUGCCGUUCCUUCAGGAGCAUGAUCACGAUUCAAUUCAUCGAUGGUUGGAACGGGACGCAUGUCAAUCAAUGGUUGCAUGCGUACAUCACCAAACUCGGAGAUCUCGGGUAAAUGGAAAUUAUGGGGACUUGGUUGGGGGGUUUUGCCCUCCGGGAUGAAUCGUAGUUUGCCAUAGUAUUGUGAUGGAGAUAAUGGUUGGGAAGGGAUGACUUCAGUGGCGGUGGUAAUGGUGCUCAUCUUGUUGGACGGGAGGAAGGGCGAGGCAGUCAGUGAUGUGAUCACCCAGGGUCGCAGGCACAAACGUGAUCUUCAGGAAGAGAGAGUGUUUGGUGAGUGAGAAGUCAUCAACAUAUGGCAAGAGAUGUUUGGAGGCUGUUGAUAAACGUCGUAAAUCAGCCUAACGACCGAUGUCGAUCCUCUACGUGGGACAAGCAUGUACAGUAGUCAAGUCUGCCCAAGCGAGUGUGAUAAGCAUCUUGGAGCCAACCGACUGGUCCAUGUCAAUUGGGGAAUGGUAUGCCCUGACAUAUUCUUGAUAUCGACCAGUUGUUUUGUAGCUUGUCAGGGAUCUCCGCUGUCGUUGUCUCUAUCUGCG